AUGACCAUCGACGGCGUAUCGGUCAACGAUGGGAGCGUCGAGACGCGUCGAUCUCCGUCCCUCGCGAUCAGCGCCAUCAGCGCUGGCGAGUCAAGCACUAGCGCGAUCAGCAAGGCUAAGGCUCCUCGAAAGCCCCGAGCGGCUGGCGCAGCUGCACUAAAGCCUCGAAAAAAGAACGAGCCGCUCCCGAUCGAGGUAGGGAAAGCUACUGGGUCCAACCCGCAAAAGAAACCCUCGGGAAGCCGGAAGGGCAAGGAGAAGGCGGAUCCGCUGCCCGAGGAGGUCUUCGAGGUGAAGGACGAGGAGGGAGAGGAUGAUGAUACCCCAGUAUUCGUCGGGCAGGCGAUGGCUAAGAAGCUGGCCGAGCGGUUCUCGUUCCAGCAGGAACCGCUCGGUACUAGUGUCUCAUCAGCGGACUCUUCGUCCGCAGAAGCGAAGGAGAAGUCAAAAUCCGCAAGGGGCCGUCCGAAAAAGGAGCAGAAGGGGACAGACGGGGGAGAUGGCGCGGUGACGGUGAAGACAAGCAAGGGGAAGGGGAAAAAGAAGGAGGCAGAUGGGGAAGGAGGGACACUGGUUCUGCAUCCGCCCAAGGACGCGGAGCCAGCGCCUGCUUGGCUUGGCGGAACAUAUCAUAUGCUCAAGGUCCUCGUAGACUGUCCCCUGUGCGCGACAAGGUGGAAGAAAACCGAGAGCGGGCCUGCACGAUGGCGCCAUAUCUCUUCCUGUCUGCCACCCCUCUUUCGACCUCCAAACCCUGCUCCAGAUCUGCAAAGACUGGUCAGCGACGCCCUCGAGGCGAUACAUGCUCAAGACGCCCCUUCGACCCUGCUUGAUAUUCACCUAGCUCGGGGUGAUGUCCAGGACCAACGGCCGCUGUCGCCCACCGAUGCGAAGACCGGGAAGGGGAAGGGACCCUCAACGAGGCAGUGGAUGAGAAUGACGCGCGUCCGAGCCGCGGCAGAGAGGGACGAAGGAUGGGAUGCAGAGGUGUCCGAGCGGGUGCGCGCCCUGACGGAAGCAAGCCCCACCAAGCGGCCCAAGCUUGAGCGCGGACCUAAGGGCGUCUCGGCGUCCCCAUCCAGCUCCCCUCCGCCAUCUUCCUACCCGUUGACACAGCCUCUCGGAGAGUCCUCUCUGGCGGCGCAGUACCUUCGUCGGCCAUCCACGCCUCCCGCACCGCCCGUACAACCUGCCCCUCCGACCCUAUCUCAGCUAUACCGAACGGCUCCCGUGCCUCCAGAAUCUACAGCCCAGCCAAACUCUUCUCCUCCUCACUCCCGAGUCAGGCCUGCUUCCCCUCGCCCUCAAUUCCAGAUAAGAUUCACUUCCCCUACUCUCCCUGCCGACCAUCUGUCGCCCGCUAGCGCGUCUCCCGCUUCGCGGAGUAACUCGGCGGCCAAAUCGCCCACGCCUCCACCACUUCCUCUCGAGUCUUCCCGUUCAGAUUCUCCCGAAGAAGCAAGCUUCCCCCUCCCUCCACCGAGUCAAAAGCGGACCGGCCGUUUCUGCCUCGAAGCCCUUUCCCCCUCCAGCCAGCGAGCUCUCGGUCUCGCCGAGCCCUUUCGAGGAAGGGGAAGCCCGCACGUCGACGGGGGCUUCUCCGGCAAACGCGGAUCGGCGGGGCUCGGGGAUGGCGGAGUGGGCGGAUCGCUCUGGGGGAGCAAGCGGAGCAGGGUCGAGGGGAUUGCCAGAUGA